CAGGGCUUUGGAUUCUGGGAGCACAAACACACACAUCAGCCAUUUUCAGUUUGCUGUGGUCAUCCUCCCUCACUCCAGCACAAAGAUCCGCCAGCUAUCACGUCGAAAGGGACGAGAAGGAUGGACGAAGCGAAAGCGGGUGAUCGCGCACACGGGCGUUUGUUUUGCUGAGCGCGUCAAAGACAAAAGCGCAGCGCUGACGCGCAUCAUUACAGCCGACGCGUCGCCGGGGAUUCAUCUGAUUCACUGCUGAUAUCGUUUUAUUGGAGCGAGUCUGGGAUCCUGGACGCGUCUGAACCCAUAACAUCACAUUGUUUGCACGCUUGAGUUCAAGAGAAGCCGGAUACGAGCGGAUUAUAAAAGCGAGCGGCGCGUCCUGCGGGUGAUGUCCACCAUGGUGUACCCACGAGAAGAGACGCUGGAGCGUCUGACGCAGGACGAGAUCGUGCUCAACACCAAAGCGGUGAUGCAGGGUUUGGAGACACUGCGAGGGGAACACACUCAGCUCCUCAACUCUAUCCUGGACUGCACUCAGCCGCCCGUUGCGCAGGAGAAAUCCAGCCUGCUCCGCAAGAGCCUGGAGGACAUCGAGCUGGGGCUGGGAGAGGCGCAGGUGAUCAUCGCUCUGUCGGGUCACCUGAGCGCGGUGGAGUCUGAGAAGCAGAAGCUGCGUGCUCAGGUGCGUCGUCUCUGUCAGGAGAACCAGUGGCUGCGGGACGAGCUGGCCAGCACUCAGCACAAGCUGCAGAAGAGCGAGCAGAGCGUCGCACAGCUGGAGGAGGAGAAGAAACACCUGGAGUUCAUGAACCAGAUCCGCAAGCUGGACGAGGACACCUCGCCCUCCGAGGAGAAGGCUGGAGAGAAGGAGAAGGACAAUCUGGACGACCUGUUUCCAAACGACGACGACCAGGGACCAGCUCAGCCCAGCGGUGAAGUGGCGGCGCAGCAGGGAGGCUACGAGAUCCCGGCCCGUCUGCGAACGCUUCAUAACCUGGUGAUCCAGUAUGCGUCUCAGGGCCGCUACGAGGUGGCUGUGCCGCUCUGCAAGCAGGCUCUGGAGGACCUGGAGAAAACCUCCGGACACGACCAUCCAGACGUGGCCACCAUGCUCAACAUCCUCGCCCUGGUCUACAGGGAUCAGAAUAAGUAUAAGGAGGCGGCUCACCUGCUGAACGAUGCUCUGGCCAUCAGAGAGAAGACUCUGGGGAAAGAUCACCCUGCCGUGGCCGCGACCCUCAACAACCUGGCCGUGUUGUACGGCAAACGCGGGAAACACAAGGAGGCAGAGCCGCUCUGCAAGAGAGCGCUGGAGAUCCGAGAGAAGGUUCUGGGUAAAUUCCACCCUGACGUGGCGAAGCAGCUCAAUAAUCUGGCCCUGCUGUGUCAGAAUCAGGGGAAGUAUGAGGAAGUGGAGUAUUAUUACCGCAGGGCACUCGAAAUCUAUGAGAACAAACUGGGCGCCGACGACCCCAAUGUGGCCAAGACCAAAAACAACCUGGCCACGUGUUACCUGAAACAGGGCAAAUUCAAAGACGCAGAGACGCUUUACAAGGAGAUCCUGACCCGUGCGCAUGAGAAGGAGUUCGGAUCUGUCAACAAUGAUAACAAACCAAUCUGGAUGCAUGCAGAGGAAAGAGAAGAAAGCAAGGGUAAGAGGAAGGACUCUGGUCCGUAUGGUGAGUACGGCAGCUGGUACAAAGCCUGCAAAGUGGACAGCCCCACUGUUAACACCACACUGAAGAGUCUGGGUGCGCUGUACCGCCGGCAGGGCAAACUGGAGGCCGCCGAGACGCUGGAGGAGUGUGCCACGAAAAACCGCAAACAGGGCAUCGAUGCCAUUAAUCAGAGUAAGGUGGUGGAGCUGCUGAAGGAUGGAGGUUGUGCUGGAGGAGACAGACGUCAGAGUCGGGAUGGGGUAAACGGCCCCGGAGGCCCCCGAGGAGACUGUGAUGGAGACGAAGCCGAGUGGAGCGGGGAUGGUAACGGCGCCCUGCGCAGGAGCGGCUCGUUCGGGAAGAUUCGUGAAGCGCUGCGGCGCAGCAGUGAGAUGCUGGUGAAGAAGCUGCAGGGCAGCGGCCCACAGGAGCCACGCAACCCCGGGAUGAAGAGGGCGAGCUCCUUAAAUUUCCUCAACAAGAGCGCAGAAGAAACCUCACAGGAAUCUAACAGCGGUCUGUCAGAAUCCAGAGGACUGAGCGCUAGUAAUGUGGACCUGACCAGACGCAGCUCUCUGAUCAGUUAGAAACAAUGUCUGGACGUGGAAAAGGAACCAAACGGAGAGGCUGUUUGCUAUCUACUUGAAUCGAAAAUAUCAUUAAAUUAUCCUUAUUCCAAACGUUUUCCUAAGAAAAAGCAAAAACAUGUCUUUUAGUUUCACAUCGCUUGCAAAAAUCUGGGCUUCGUCUCUCUGCUUCGCCAUUCAAACGCAAUGUAGCACGCUAUCACCUACUAGACCACAGACAUCCAGUGGUGAAAUGACAUCUUAGCAUGGCGUCAAAAACGCGUAGUUUAGCAUACAACGAUCAAGUUAACAAAGCAUAUGUUUGCCAUUUAGAAAACAUGAAGUUCAUAUAUAGUAGAUGCACAGACGCUGUGAAUGCUAACAACUUCCACAAAACGACCUCACCAAGUUGAAAUGGUGCGAAAAACUACUGCGAAUGCACUUACGAAAAAUAUAGGAGUUAGAGGCGUUGAAAUUCGAGAGCACUGACUGGUACGACCUCACUUUUGCCUUCUGAGUUUGAUGUAUAUAAUGAUUUAAAUUAUUUAAGGUCUUUUCGUUUCGCAAAAUUUAGCGCACAAGUAUUUCGUUUACACUGUAGCUGGAUGUCUGUCCUGGAGCGACUGGAAAUCAUGUUGAACGGUACAAUGAAGGAUUUCUGCUUUACGAUUUAAAGAUGAGAUUCGAGCUAGGACUCUUAUUUAUUAGCGAAUCUAGAUUCAUAAUUCAAACGCUUAGUCAUUUUUAUCUGAUUGCAAGUCUGUCAAAAAAUCUGAUGAGUCUGUGGAAAAGGCCAAACCUAUAUAACUGGAAUUUUCCAUCAGUUUAAAAUGUGACGUGUUUUUCAUUUUAUAUGAUUUUCCAGCCACUAGAAUACAAAGAUGUGGCUAAAAUGGACAAAUCCUCUUGUUUUUGUUUUAUCUUUUCAUGUUUAUGAAUUGCAUAUUCUAACGGGAACAAAUGUCUUGUACAUGUAUGUAAUUGUUUGCACCUUUAUGUGACUCCGUUACCCCUUUUUUUUUGCAUUAAGGAUGUGUGUGUUUGAUUUUGGGUUUAUUUGAAUGAUUUUUCUUGUUCAUCGGAGGCGAGUGAUCUCUGAAUGUGCAGAUGACAAUAGCUUUGGGAACCAGCCAUACAAAUGGGCAAAUCUCAUGAAUAAAUGAGUCAUAUUUCACCUCAAAUCAUAUGCAAUCACAUUUUCCAUAAAGAAUUUUUGUUGUUGUUGUUUGUAGUGUCACAUUACCUUCAUAAUUUCUAAUUACAAAAACAAAAAAAUAUUUACUGUGUAUGCCACUCUAUAACGUUACACUAAAAACCCAAAAAUGAGUAAUACAACAAAUACUAUUAGUAUUGAAAUGUAAUUUAUUUGACAUUGUGCAGUAAUUUUGUAUGUUACAGUAUUACAUUAUUGAGAAUUUAGGGGUUUGUGCUUAUUUGUCGUUAAUGUCACAAUGCUAAACGUCUUAUUGGUCUUUAUUAUGCUCGAUUUUCCUUAAUAUUCUAUAUAAUUCUCCAAUUUUGUAAUUGUUAACUUAUGCGGUGAAAUAUGACACAAGCUUGUUCUUGACAUGGUUUGUGAGAUUUUCUCAAACAGAAUGUAUUGCAAAAAGUUACCAAUGCGUUCGUGCUAAUGAUUAGGUUUGUUAAGCUGAAUAAAAAUAGGGGUCCUAGAAAGUGCUCGAGUGAUGAGAGAAAACAAAGUUUUGCGAAGUUGGAACAAGGAAUCUGAGCGAUAGAUACGAAUGUCACUAUUGAUUGUAAAAUACUGGAUUUUUGACUCACUCACUCACGACCACAAACACACACACACUUGUGUAUCCUCCUCAUGCUAGCACAGACAGGUGUGUAGUUUGUAAUAAUGCCGUGUUUACACCACUUAUGAAUGUGACCCACCUUUGGCUGUCUUGUUUGUCAUGUUUUCUGAUGAUUUGUGAUGCCUUCCUCUCGCCACAUGACCGUUAUUAACGUGCGUCUCAGCGGUUCGAUUGUGCUGCACUGAUCUCAGAACAGCGCCCCCUGUCCUGCUCGGAAAGCGUAGCGUCGUUAGAAGCAGCCCGUCGUCCCCGGAUCAGCUGUGAAGGGACGCGUCUAGCAGCUCUGCAGAAUGUAGUCCUUCCUCAGAGAUGCAUUUCACUUGUGAACGGGGCCAACCUCCUGUAUGUUUUAUUAAAAGGUUCGGAAUAAACUCUGCUUUUCAAACCAAA